UGUUAUUUGUUGGUAUUUAUUCGGUUGUUUUCAUCAAUUUUCCCACUAUUUGACCACUCAAGUACUUCAACAAACACCAAAAACACAUUCACUUCCAUGCUUUGAUCUUUUCUUCCAUUAAACUAAAGCUACCAUCUUUUUACAACGUGUUAACAAGAAGAUGGGUGUUGGAAAUCAAGAAGCAAUUAAGCAGUUGCAGUCUCUGAUGGAAAAUGUGGAUGAAAAACUGAAGAUCACAUUCAAGAAUAUGCACCAGGGCUAUCCUACCGAAACAUUAGCACGGUUUCUCAAAGCUAGGGACGGGUGUGUUGCCAAAGCUCAUAAAAUGUUAAUUGAUUGUUUACAUUGGAGAGUGGAAAAUGAGAUUGACAAAGUUUUAGCAAAGCCGAUCUCUGCGGAUUUAUACAGAGCUGUGCGAGAUUCUCAACUCAUAGGAAUGUCUGGUUACACAAAAGAGGGCGUACCAGUCAUCGCUGUUGGUGUUGGGCUCAGUACAUAUGACAAAGCAUCUGACAAAUACUAUAUACAGUCACACAUCCAAGUGAAUGAAUAUAGGGAUAGGGUAAUCUUGCCAACAGCUACAAAGAAGCAUGGACAAUAUAUUGGCACCUGUGUGAAAGUCUUGGAUAUGACUGGUUUGAAAUUUUCAGCACUAAACCAAUUAAGGCUUUUGACGGCGAUAUCUACAAUAGAUGACUUGAACUACCCGGAAAAGACAGACACAUACUAUAUUGUUAAUGCACCAUAUGUAUUCUCUGCAUGUUGGAAGGUUGUAAGGCCUCUUUUGCAAGAAAGAACAAGGAGGAAAAUUCAGGUGCUGCAAGGCUGCGGGAAGGAUGAAUUACUCAAGGUAAUGGACUAUGCAUCUCUCCCACACUUUUGCAAAAAACAAGAUUCGAAGUCAUCAAGACAUAAUACAUCAGCAGGAGUAAAUACUACUGAAAACUGUUUCUCCUUCAAUCAUGUCUUCCAUCAACAACUCUACAACUACAUAAAGCAACAAGCUAACUUUGUUGAGUCGAUAUCGCCAAUGAGACAAGGAUCCUUCUAUGUAGACAUACCAGAGCCAGACCCUGAUGAUGCCAAAAUAGCAAAGACCAUUGAAGUUGAGUUUCACAAAUUGGAAAAUCAGAAUAAUGGAACCAUUGAAGUUGAGUUUCACAAAUUGGAAAUUCAGAAUAAUGGUUUUACUAACUCACUAAAUGGUCUUGCAGUUAAUGGUCAUUGAGUGGAAAUUGGGUCACUUUUAUUUCUUGAUUGCUUUAUGAUAUAUAUCUAUUUGAUAUGGAAGGUUAUACCUGUUCUUUAUAAAGGGUUAUAUACCAAGUUAUUAUUUUAGAUGUAAUAUUGUAAUGUUUGCAUCAACUCGAUGCAAAUAUCUUCAGAUACACGCUUUAAUCUAAUUUCUAUAACCAUGUUGGAUAAUGAGUAUAUGAUAUAAUAUUUGUUUAACAUAGAAAA